UAUUUGCAUACUAAAUCAUUCAUUUCUUCUCUUGAAUACAUGUUUAUGGCUACAUUGCAAUCUUCAUCAAUAUUGGCUUCGGGGUCUGUUAUUAGAUCAGACCAUGUUACACAUUCUUUAAUUCGUUCCGUGGCUCCUAGCCUCCAAAUUAGAUCUGCCUUAUCAAUCCCAAAAUUACCGAACAGUAAGGUUUUAAAAGAGUUGUCCUUAAAAAAUACCACCUUUUUAAAUAAAAACGCAAAAAUAAACCUACCAUUGGAGAACACAACUAGUCCUCAAGACGAAGUUAGUCAUGAGGAUAGUGCAACGUUGGAAACCGUUAAGUUACAUGUAAUUUUGGAGGCUGUAUUAGAUAGGAUAGAGAUGCACCAAAAUAUAGGUGACCAACGUGAUAAUUGGAACACCUUGUUGUUAAACUCCCUCAACAUGAUCACCCUAACCGCGGCCACCAUGGCCGGCAUGGCAGGGUUCUCCGGUGAGCCUAUCUUAGGGUUAAACGUAGCUUCAACCCUACUCUUUGCCGCGGGCACUGGCAUUCUUUUGAUAAUGAACAAGAUACAACCUUCUCAACUAGUAGAGGAGCAAAGGAACGCGGUGAGGUUGCUUAAGCAGCUUCGAACCAAGAUCCAAACCAUUCUUUCUCUUCGAUCACCAACUCAUGAAGACGUGGAGGAUGCCAUGGAGAAGGUGUUAGCCUUGGAUAGAGCAUACCCUCUUCCUCUUCUAGGCGCGAUGCUAGAGAAGUUCCCCAACACAUUCAAGCCAGCCAUGUGGUGGCCUUCAAAGAAAGCCAUGACUCAAGAAAAUGGCAAUGAUAGUAGUACAAAACAAAACUUGUUUGACAAGAAAGAGGGAAUAGUGAAUAAUGGAUGGACAAAGGAGUUGGAGGAGGAAAUGAAAGUAAUUGUCGGAGUUAUAGAUAAGAGGGAUACCGAAGAUUAUGUUAGACUAGGGAGCAAAGCAUUGAAGUUUAACAAAACCCUAGCCAUGUCCGGCCCAAUCCUGAUGGGGAUAGCCGCCAUAGGGUCAGCUUUCGCGGGGCAUGGUGGCCCUUGGGGUGGACUUGUGGCGGGUGUUGCAGGGUCCUUAGCUAGUGUGGUGAACUCCAUAGAGCAUGGUGGACAAGUAGGGAUGGUAUAUGAGAUGUAUAGGAACUGUGCUGGAACUUUUAACCUAUUAGAAGAGAAAAUUGAGUCCACUUUACAAGAGACAGAUCUAGGAAAAAGAGAAAAUGGUGAGUUGUUCGAGUUGAAGGUGGCUUUGCAUUUGGGGAGGAGCUUGUCUGAGCUUAGAGAUUUCGCGGCAGCUACAAGCUCCUCCGGUUCAUGUUCAAGCGAGUUAGGGAGUCCCAAAGGUGAAUUCGCUAGCAAGCUCAUUUAAAUUUCUAUUGCAGUUUAAUUAACUGUGUAUAUAUAUAGCUAGCUACACAGCAUAGUUUGAUGAUCAUGUAGUGUAUAGAGAACUAGUUGAUCAAGUGUUUAGCUAGCUUA